AUGGUCGAAGUUGCAGUUAGACAAGGUAAGGCGGUUAGACAAGUUGAGAGGAGGGAAGAAGGUGCAUUAUCCAUUGCGCCAUUGCUAUCAAGUUGCCGAAAUGUGGAAGAGCUCUGCGUGUCCGUUGUGCCAUCGCAGGGCAAAUGGAGGCGGAAUAGUGACGAUGGAGAAUGUCAUGGUGUGCUGGGUGGUAAGAGGGUGUCGGUGAAGCAUCUAAAGGUUGUUAGGAUGAAGUACAUUGAUGAGAGCAAAAGUGGUUUUGAACUGGUAAAGGUCCUGCUCAAGAACGCCCCUGCACUGGAGACGAUGACAAUUGUUCCUUCCAUGGAUGGCCUUGAGCAGGCCAAGUUUAGGCGUAAGGUGUUGAAGCUGAGGAAGUCUUCUCAAAAUGCUAGCAUCCAGUUUUGCACAGCUGUAUGA